AUGAAAUUCGCUCUCUCCUUGCCAUUCCUUGCCGUUGCCACUGUUGCCACUGUUUCUGCAGAUGAACAAGCUGCAAAGGCUGAUGAAGAAGUAUCUCAAGCAUGGCAGCGUGGCCGUAACCCCAUCUAUGAAUGGCCUCAAUUCCCUAGUCCAGUGCCUGUACCUUUCCCUCUAUUUCCACCUAUCGUGAUAGUUAACUUGUUGGAACGGAAAUAA